AUGUCAUCACUUCCAAUUUCUUUCAAUUCCAACAGUGGUGAUAGGAAGAACAAUCAAACAAUCUUCACUUUUAUGAAUCAAAACUCCACCAUGGUUCGAUCGAGGCUCACUACUCCUGAUCACAUGAACCAUGGAAAUUCAAUUCCCUCACCUCCUUCUUUUACUUACCAUCAUCAAAAUUCACAUGCCUCUUCUUCAUCCUCUUUUAGAUUGAACAAUUCACAAAUGGUGAAGAGAGAGAUGGAUUCUCUUGUUGCUGCUGAAUCUAUUCCUAUCAAAGAUAAUCCUCAAUAUUCUCAAGUUUCCUUCACCCAAACAGUUACCAAAAAGUUCUCUGCUGUUGUUCCUACCAGUUCCAUUUUCAAUAUCCAUAAUGAUGUUGAACGUGUCCAGCGUGCUCUUGGCUCUUCUCAAGCCAAUGUUUGGAAUUCUACACUACUCCAUCCUACACUCCAGCGUGUCAUACGUGAUCAUAACCACGAGAUAUUGAAUCCUGAACCUCUUAAUGUCAUUUAUCCGCACCAAAACUCUUCUUACAUGCCUGCCUCGUCAUCAAAUCCCAUCCCUGGCCAUCAUGCUCCCCAAUAUGGUCCAUCUCCUCAGCGUUCCGACAUGUCUGCCUCGUCAUCAAAUCCUAACCGCGACCAUCAUGUUCCUCAAUAUGGUCCAUCUCCUCAACGUUCCGACAUGUCUGCCUCGUCAUCAAAUCCUAACCGCGACCAUUAUGUUCUCCAGUAUGGUCCAUCUCCUCAGCAAUUCAACAUGCCUGCCUGGUCAUCAAAUCCUAACCGCGACCAUCAUGUUCUUCAAUAUGGUCCAUCUCCUCAGCGGUUCGACAUGCCUGCCUCCUCAUCAAAUCCUAACCUUGGCCAUCAUGUUCCCCAACAUGGUCCAUCUCCUCAGCAUUCCGACAUGUUUGCCUCGUCAUCAAAUCCUAAUCGUGACCAUCAUGUUCCCCAAUAUGGUCCAUCUCCUCAACAAACCAACUUUCCUCAAGAAACUAUCCACAUAAUUGAUUCUGAUGAAGAUGAGGAAAGUGGAGAAGGUCGAUAUGAUGGUCGAACACAUAGUCUACCAUAUGAGAAACAUGGUCCAUACACAUGUCCCAGGUGUAGCGUUGUGUGUGAUACUUCCCAAAGAUUUGCUGCGCAUAUGUCAUUUCACUACAGGAAUGAGACAAACGAGGAAAGAGUUCAGAGGGUCCGGGCAAGGACCAAGAAGAAAUUCCGUGUACUAAAAGAGAAAAUUCAUGAAGAGUACUCUAAGAAGAUCAAGCAGGAGGCUGGGGUUCGUAUCCGUGAGUAA